AUGGCUUACCAACCCCCCAAGCAAGUGAUCGUCCUCCCCCAGACCCAGCAGCUGAAGGCUUGCACGACCAUUAUCCGUGACAAGAACACCCAGCGUGCCGACUUUAUCUUUUACUCGGAUCGUAUCAUCCGUAUCCUUGUCGAGGAAGGAUUGAACCACUUGCCCGUUGUGGAGAAGACUGUUGUUACCCCCACCGGCAAGGAGUUCCAUGGUAUUGACUUCCAGGGACGUAUCUGCGGUGUCUCCAUCAUGCGCGCCGGAGAGUCCAUGGAACAGGGUCUUCGUGAUGUGUGCAGAAGUGUCCGUAUCGGCAAGAUCCUGAUCCAGAGAGAUGAGGAGACUGCCCUGCCAAAGCUCUACUACGCCAAGUUCCCUCCAGAUAUCGCCUCCCGCUUCUGCCUCCUCCUCGACCCCAUGCUCGCUACUGGAGGUUCGGCAAUCAAGGCUAUCGAGACAUUGAUCGACUAUGGAGUUGCAGAGGAGAGGAUCCUCUUCCUGAACUUGAUCUCGUGUCCCGAGGGUAUUGCUGCGGUUGUGGCCAAGUUCCCCGCCAUGAAGAUUGUCACUGCCGAGAUCGAUGCUGGUCUCGACGAGAAGUUGUAUAUUGACCCUGGUCUCGGUGACUUUGGCUGCCGUUACUUUGGAACCGACAAGUAA